AUUUAGGAAAAUAAUAUAUUUCUACUUAUGUUUAAUUUUAUAUUAUUUUAUUUUUUUCCGAGUUCAUUAUACUCGAGAUUAGGAAUCUUCAUUGUUAAAUGUGAAGUUAAAUACAAUUUGUUAAGAGUUUAAGAAAUUAUAUUUUUUAGGUCACAGAUUGAGUAUUAUAGCUAUAGCUGCUUAAUGAAUUAUUGAAAGUGCAUCUAACAUUUAAAAUAUGAAUUCACACUUUGGAGAUUUACAUAAAGCACUGGCAAAUGAACAGAGCAGCAAAAGUAUUUAUAAGGUCUUGUACAAUAUAAGGAAAGAAGUUGAAUGGCCUAAAAACAAAGAAAAUAUUAAGAAAAUACAUGAAGAAGGAACAAUUAUUUAUUUUAUAAAUAAUCUUCAAUCGUCUCAUAAACAUAUUGUUGAUUUGUGUCUCAGUAUAUUGGGAAACUUGUUUUUGGACAAAAAUUGUGCUGAAGAUGCAUUCCUGAAAUAUGAAGUGUUACCAGUUUUGAUAAAGGUCUUAAAACGUUAUGCCAAGGAGGAUAGUAUAAUUGGAAGAUCAUAUAAAGCAAUAGGCAAUCUAUGCCAACAACUAAAUGACUGUGCAAUUACAAUUGUUCAUGAAUCACCUAUUAUAAUACAAUUGUCUGAAGUAUUAGAAUCGUUUUCUAAUGAAGCAGAGGGUAACAAUUUAUAUUCUGAAGCUACAAUAACAAUGGCCAUAAGAGCAUUAAGAUGCUUUACCAAUUCGUCAACUGCGAGAAUCCUAACAGAAAGAUAUCAAAUUUUGUCAGCUAUAGGUGGCGUUCUUAUAAAAUUGUGUAAUGAGUGGACACAGAAUAAGACUCAUGAAAAACUUUUAGAAAAUAUAAUUGAUAUACUCUACGGUUUUUCUAAGUAUAACGAUUACAAAGUUAUAAAUGAAUUAAAAAAUACAAAGAAAGGAAAUGCAAUGGAGAAAUUGGCCGAUUUGUUAACUUUGAAUAAUAAAAAGAUAAUGAAAAUUAUUAUGAAUUUUAUUAAGAUUAGUAAACUUAAGUCUGAUCUCCCGGUACCAGAGAUUGUUAAUAAGUUUGUUGACGAAGUAUUUGGAAAGUAUAUUGAUCCAGAAAAUGGUGAGUUUACCACUGAGUCAUUUCAAUAUAUCGACUGCCUUUGUUUCCUUUUCGAACAUCCAGCUAACAGAAACGCUUAUCAGUGUGCCAAAUUGAUUCCUCUUUUAAUUAAAAUACUGGAAAAGUUAAAUUCCUUCAAUAGUUCAACGUCGGUGCUACAUGCAGCUAGCAUUCAUUUUCGGUGCUCUAUAUUGAUAGUUCAUACCUUAAACAAGUGUAAAUAUGAAGAGAACCUACUACAAGAACAGUUAAAAUGUAAUAUUAUAGAUAUUUUGAUAAAAAAACUACAGCUAUUAACCACAGAAGAUUUUCAUACGAAUCAUAAAAUAAUUAGUAGAAAAAAAAGGUCUCAAGAAUUAGAAGACGACCAAAAAGAGAGUAAUGGAAAAAGGAAAAAAAGACUUUGUAUGUAUUGCGGAGAAAUUUAUUCAAUGUCAAGGCUUCAUAAUUGCGUACUUUUGCCACUUCGACAGUAUUCGCCUGUAUCGUCUGGCUUCAGUGAUGAUGAACCAAAUAAUCGUUCUGCUUUUAGCAGAAGCCCCAGUCCUUGUUCAAGUUCCAGCAGUGGACUGUCUUGGCCUUCCUCUAACUCAAGAACUUCCUUAAACGUUGACACAUCCUUUUCCGAUUCAGACUAUUACUCUCCAGUUUGUAGUGAAGACGAAGAUUUAGAAUUUCCUGAGAGUUUUUCAAUGGAUUGUCUAGAAGUUCUGCCUGGGAGAUUUGAGAAGCAGGAGGAAGAUACAUUCGAUCAAUCAUCUAAGGAGGAUACAAAUGGGCUAGAAAAACGGUUGAUAUUAGCAAUAACAAAAUUAAUCAAUUCAUACGUGAAACUGAAACCUCCUGUAUCUCAACUAGGAUCUGAAGAUCUUCUUUUAGCAAUCAUCAAUGUAACAGAAUUUUGCUGCAUUGAUGACAAAAUUUUCAACAUAGACAACUUACUUGUUACGGUGAUAGCAAUUCUACAUUCCCAUGUAUAUUUAUUGCCGCUCAUGAAAACUUCAUUCAUUGAAAGAAUAAGCAAGCUGACCGAGUACAUUCACUCAAUAGAUUGCGAGAUCUGCUUCCAUUUUAAUUUGGUAGCAAAGGCCGUAUUAAGUGGAUUAACCGGAAUUGCAGAAAGCCCUGUUGGAAAGGGGAAUCUGGCUCAUGAAUUACUAAGAGGAAGUGAUGAAUUCCGGACGCAAUUGGUAUUAAGCAUUAUAUAUGUUGUAGAAAACAAGCCAAUCCUUUUUAAGCUACUCCUCAAUUGUGGAGGACUAAAUACCAUCAUGAGUGUUCUGCGAGGAGAUUCGAUUUUAUACAAGAACCAAUCCAUAAAAUGCAUUUCUAUUCUAGCUUGCAAACGAUUAAAGAUAAAAAAUCCCAAGUCGAUGGCUAUUAAAUUAGGAUUCGAUUUAAAAGAUCCAAUAAAACCGUCUGAAAACCCAGUUAAUAUUGUAACUUUCAAAUUAGAUGAUGGAAUUUGUAUCAAAGCUGAUAGAGAUUAUUUGACGAAUAAAUCAGAUUACUUUAAUAGGCUGCUUACAGGUCACUUCAAAGAAAGCAGCGAGGAUGAAAUAUACCUACAUAACGUAAAAUCGCAAACUUUGAAGUGUUUGCUAAAAAUAUUAACUUAUAAAGAUAUAUGGUACAAAGCUGAUAUUGACACUUUACUGGACGUCAUUGCAUUAAGUGAUGAAUAUUUAAUGAAUGACUUAAAUUGUUUUGUUACCAACUACGUAGAAAAACACAGAAUGAAUUAUAUUACAGUACCGACAAUUUACAGGUGGUCCUUAGAAUCCGGUUUGAACUUUCUCAGAGUAGAAUCGAUAGCUUAUGCACUUGUAGUUCAAAUUCCUGAUGUUGAUAGGUUUAAGAUGUUCGAUUCCCUAUUCGCUCUUGGGUAUUCAGAUGAAGUAGUAGAUGACAUUGAAAAGCUCCUUUUUAGAUACUUGAAUUCGUUUCAGAAAUAAUUUUGUGAUAUUACUUGUAAGAAUGAUAAUAUGGACUGAAAAUAAUAUAUUUAUAUGUCUAACUCUGAAUGUAUAAUUAAAUAAUCUGAGAUAGG